UCUGCCUCAUAAGAAUAACAAAACAGGCCAGCUAAUAAAGGAGCACAAUUCGUACCCAUGGGAAUUCCAACAGACCUGAUCACCAAAGACUACGAAGAUAUCGUCAAUGAGGAGCUCCAGCAUCUUUUUAAUAUUUAUUGAAGAAUCAACUUUCUAUGAAAGUCUAGUCUUUUAUUUAUCGUGUUGUGCUGUUACGUUAGGCUACAUACCGAAAGUUACGAAUGGGUGCAGUUGUCCUUUCUGUGCUCCUUCGUAAGUAAAUACACCGGGGGGGGGAUUUGUGGGGUACAUGAGAUAAUUUUUACAUGACUUUGUAGAAUAGGUACUUUUACAAAGAUCUGAAACGGUGAUUAGGCGAAAUUACAAGGAAAACGAAGUUCGAAGCGGGGGAGGGGGGUUCCGAUAUUAUGUCCUGACCCUUGUUAAAGUACAUUACUUUAUUGUUUAUAUUUUUUAAACGAGAGCAAAUCCCUGUGCACUGAUUCGUUAGAUAUUCCGCAAACGCUACUUUCUGUUUUAUCUCACAUACUGUAAUUUUUGUUGUGCAUUCGAAUUUAUGUUUUGUUCUUGGAUGGUAGUUUACCUUAUUUGUUACAUCUCGUCAUACUAUAGAAUUUUAACUGAGUUGUUGAAUUACAUUCCUCGCCCUAAGCAUUUAGCUAUUAAAAAUUGCUGAACUCCUUUCCAUUCUGAUUAGGAGAGAAGAAACGUUGUAUGUUGCAAAAAUAAGACUGAAAUACGAAGGUAGUACUGUAGUUGUAAACAAUCAUGAACUCCACACUACUUUAUCAGUGAGCAUAAUGCUCAACAAGUUUUAAAAUGCUAAUCAUGAAGUUGUUGACAACUUUUAGGUAUCACAACGUAGGUUUUAUUAAAAUAUAUGAUUAUAAUAUGUCACCUCAAAUUGUUCCCGAGAAUCUCAAUUCGUAUUCAUCUUCACUAUCGGUAGCUGUACAUACAUUUACUUUAAUGUUGGGACAUCUUCUAUCGAUAUUGUUACAUUCUGUAAACUUAAUAGCUGGUACCAGUUGAAAUUAAACUUGAUCAAGCAUUUUGCCUCUUCAAAUGAUACCCAAGCCGGGGAUCAUUGUGUUUUACGAACAUAUUCUAGUAUAUAUGGGGCAGCAGUGGCGGAUCUAUAGGAUUCAUGAGGGUUGCAAUCAGUGGCGGAUCUAUAGGAUUUAUGAGGGUUACAAUCAGUGGCGGAUCUAUAGGAUUUAUGAGAGUUGCAAUCGCUUCCCCAUUUUGGUUGAACAUUAUAAACAAAACAAAGUCAUUUUUGCUAUUUUAGGAUCUUCGAAGGCUUCCUUUUUGGGCCGGAAAAGGUACAAACUGGGUCGCAAACCCCCUUUGAAAAUUUACUGCCUCUGCUGAUGCACGUGGAUAUAUGUUAUAGCUUGUCUUUAUUAAGUGACCACCUCCUUGUCAGCAUAAAGAAAGCAUCUGUAAACAAGACUCAUUACUUGUGAAAAUUUCCGCACAAAAAGAUUUAUAUAAUUACAUUCACCAAUGAUUUGUUGAUAGUUUUGAAAUACUAUAUAGUACUUCAUAUAUAGAAACUCACGCUUGCGUCAAAAUGGGGCCUGCUUUUUAUGGCGAGUUUUUCGAAGCAUAAAAAAAAAAAAAUAGAUAAAGAAAAUACACGAAAAACACCCAAAACAUUCAUGUAUAGACCUAAGAAAUAAAUGUUUAAAUUGUUUGUACUAGGGCGGCAUAUAAACAAUGAAAGCAAGGAGUAAUUUCUGUAUUAUAAUUAUAUUUACGUGUUACAUGUAAAUAUACACAAUCCAUACUUUUACGUCUUGGAAAACCACACCAAUUUAUUCAAUUGUGAAUCCUAAUUUGUAAAUGUAAGUGUGUUUUACAAUAUAUUCUUUUCAAAACCGGGUUCUUAUUUACGGCCACCCAUCGAUCUACUGCACAACCAAAAGUUGUGAAAGUAAGGGGAGUAUUUUUACUUUCUGAGGCCCAAUUUCCUUUAUCUGGGUCAACUUACCCCCAACGCAACUGAAUCUAGGGGGUCUACUGCACAAUUGGAUGUCAAUGAUGCGACUUUUGGUUAUGCAGUAGAUUGAUUGGUGCCCGUGUUAUUACUUCCCACAACAACCUGAUGUCUAGUUGUCUACUCUCUUGAGAUUUGAAAACAUUCAUCGACGUGACGUCACCUCACGCGAACAAUAUCUAUUAAUAUAUCAAUACUGAUAAUACCUUUCUGUCCUUCACAUUUCUCGAAUAUCUAUAUCGCAACACAAACCAUUAGCGUCACCACAUUGAAAAUGAUUGGAAAUUUUGUGCUGUUUCUGAGUCUGAUGUCGGGAACCAUGUGUUUUCUAACGGGAACCACAACAAAUGAACGAAAGCAGUAUGCCAUGUAUGUUUGGCGAGAUGGAUUUGAUCCUCAAAUCCCCGGAUGUGACCAAACUGAUUUCUUGACCUGGGAUAGCAAGCAUAGUCCAUGUUUCACCCAUACUUGGAAUACUCGAGAGAAACGACAGUGGUUAUGGGCGACCUGCAAUCUUCCUGGUCGCGAGGUCUCUAGUAUAUAUCUAGCAGACAUAUAUCAUAAGUUAAAGCCAGGUUUCCAUGCAAACAGCUGUGCUGGUAGCGAUAUCACUUUAUUAAGAACGACCUUGUUGGAGGGUCAUACCCAUGUGUCGAAUCUAAAUAUAUAUGCACUAUUUGCCGCAAGUGACGCUGAUGUUUCAGAACGGCGGAUGGUUCCAUAUGUUGUCUGGUAUAAUGAUCACUGCACAAAAACAGACCUAGAAAAGUUUGACGGGGUUGCUGUUAACAACGAAGCUUACGCCUCAAUUAAAUGUUCCCAUGACGUCAGCCAGAGAACGACUUUCUUGGACCGUCUGCAAGAUGUAUACAACGAGGCCCAAAAGCAGAGGCGUGGGAAGUUACUGACUCAUUUCUCCGUCAGCUGGCACUGGGGGCAAUGUGGGGGACACAGCCAACCUUUCCUGUGGAAUGGAAAAACAAUGGAUGCAUCCCGACACAUGAUUGAUAUAUUUGACAGUAUUGAUGUUCAGGUUGGGUACACGCUCUUCCCACAAAUCGGUGACAGAAUGGAAUUGGCUGGUCUGAACUAUUCAUCUCGUCAUCAUAAACGCACUUAUGUGACAUUCUACACAGACAAGACAGAGCCUUGCCAGAUUACUUUCUUUCCUCAAACCUGUCAUUUGAGUGGACGAUCGGAGUCUCAUCUUUUCAACGUAAUCGAUCAAUUCUCUCAGAAUGGACUUGGCCACAUUCAUCCGUGUAUCCAUUAUUUCAGAGGCGUAUAUUCAAGUGGAGGUCAUGCAGACUGGCCAGCCCAUUUAUGAAGAAACUAUCAUUCCAGGUUCAUACUAGCCAUUUUGUAUCUCUUUCUAGAUCAGUUUUACAUAAAUGGCCAUAACGCAAGCGUUGUAAAGAUCAACAAUUUCAACAUUUAUAGAAAUACAUAUAUCUUUAACAUUAGAAACCGCCUGGGCUCGUAAAUAGUUUGUAUCAGGGUGAUAAUUUAAAAUCUUUAAUCCCUAGAAAAAAAUAAAAAUAUUUUACUGUG